AUGGCGUCAAACGACCGCGGCCGCGACAAUGAGAAGGACAAUGCUCCCACGAGUCCGAUACCCCUGCAAGACCUAUCCAGGCCGCCGAAUACAGAUGAUGUCGAGGACCGUGGAAGAGGACGCCCAAGCGGCAUGAGGAGGAGCCUCCUGCCUGCGUUGAGAAAUUAUCAGAGGAUCGCAGAAGUCUCGUCUCCGGAAACUUCUGCAGCGGAAAGAAACCCGUUCUCUACUCCAUACGCCUCCGAUCGCGAACAUAACGCGCCCUUCCUGGAUGAUCCGGCUGGAUUUGCGCAGGCUAUGUCAUCUGUCGGGCUCAGUUUUGAGGGAGCACAACAUACUACCACGCCAUCAGCCGCACGCCCUUCCUACGAAUAUUCCGAUACGGAACUAGACAAUGUGCCCUUAAGUCCCUACGCGACCUUCGAUCAUGACCGUUAUAUCUCUCCCGCCAUCACAAACGAGGAUACCACCCACUUGACCGACCAGACAUACCUCCAACCUAUAAGUGGAUCGUCGACCGCAGCCGAUAAGGGCAGAACCGUUCGUUUUGAAGACGAUGGCUACUCGAUUGGUUCGCGACUGGGCGAUGAUCUUCCGCACCUGGAGGCAGGGUCGGGCGGCCGAAAACGUGGCGGCAGUGCGAGCGCAGGGGACCGAUCUCGUUCAUUGUCCCCAUCGUCUCCCAGUUCCGCAAUGCAUAGGGCGAGCUCAAUGGUGAAGUUAAUGUCUCAACGUGUUGUCAACCUGACAAAUGAACCCGAAGUGAUAGAGCAUUCGAUUCAAAAAGAAGAGUCUUUGAAAAGUUCUCGACUAGAAGGGCCUCCUGAGCUUCCUGCGAUGACAGAUCAUGCCCACGACGCGCCAUUCCGGGGAAGUUUAUUUAAUGCACAGGCCUCUAGGGAAAAGAAGCAACGACUGGGUAGUUCAUGGAGAUAUCGUAACAACCCUUUGAAGGGGAGGACCCUCGGCAUAUUUGGACCGAAUAACCCCAUCCGAACUCGCCUCUGUGAUAUCCUAGUCCAUCCGCUCACGGAACCCUUGAUUCUGUUGUUGAUUAUCCUACAGACAGUCUUAUUGACAAUUGAAUCAUCUUCCUCCAAGUUCACAUGGAACAAUCCAAGCUCUAAGCGUUGGGGCUCAUCUUACAUGGAUUACUGCUUCCUCGCCAUUUUCAUCAUCUACUCUCUAGAGACAAUUUCUAGAAUAGUGGUUUCAGGAUUCGUAUUCAAUCCUGCCGAGUACAGCACCUUGGAUCGAUCGCUAGGCUGGAAACAAGCAGUAUUGCAGAGAAGCAGGAAUAUCGUCCAACCGCAUCGGGAGGCCUCGACAAAGAAGACAACUGUUUUAGCCGAGCCACAGGUUUCAAUCCUACGGACGUUUACAGGCUUGAAUCAACUAGAGGAACAGGCGGUUGAUGAUCGCCAGCGGCAACGUAUUAGACUAGCUCGUCGUGCGUUCUUGCGACAUUCUUUCAAUCGCCUCGAUUUUGUGGCCGUCGUAUCUUUCUGGGUCUAUUUCUGCCUUUCGUUGAAAGGGGUCGAAGUUCAUCGUCUUUUUCGGAUGCUGAGUUGCCUUCGGAUUCUACGCCUCCUUUCGGUGACCAAUGGUACUUCGGUGAUCCUUCAGAGUCUUAAGAAGGCAGCACCCUUGCUAGUUCAUGUCGCGUUCCUUAUUUCCUUCUUCUGGCUUAUCUUUGCUAUCAUAGGGAACCAGAGCUUCAAGUCGAGUCUGCGCAGGACUUGCGUUUGGAUCGAUCCUUUGGGACAGAAUAACUUUACUCAAAAUGGACCUGACUCUUUCCAGUUUUGUGGUGGCUAUUACACAGACGACUGGGAGAAGGUUGGCUGGGUCAGGGAGGAUGAUCCCUCCCAUCCCCAUACACCAAAAGGCUAUAUAUGCCCUCCCGGGUCUAUAUGCGUGCAAGGAUCAAACCCUUUCAAUGGAACGGUAAGCUUCGACGAUAUUCUACAUUCUAUAGAACUUGUUUUUGUCAUCAUGUCCUCGAACACCUUCACGGACUUAAUGUACUAUACGACUGACAGCGAUUUCCUUCCGGCCGCGCUGUUUUUCGCCUUUGGCAUUGUUAUUUUGAGCUUGUGGCUGGUGAACCUGUUAGUUGCGGUUAUCACCCACUCUUUCCAGGUGAUUCGAGAAGAAAGCAAGCGAAGUGCCUUUGCUGUACAGAAGAUCGAUGAAGUGGACAGAGAAAACUUGGCAGCGCGCAAGGUCAGCCAACUCAAACACAUUUACGACAAGACGUCAUGGUUCUGGGUCUGCGUUAUUCUCUUCGACUUGAUUGUGAUGGCCUUGAGAAGUGCAUCUAUGGGAAAGAGACGAGCGGACUUUAUCGACGACACCGAGAUUGUCGUCACCUUGGUUCUGCUUGUGGAGAUCAUCCUCCGCUUCGCAUCCGACUGGCGUGUGUUCCAUAGGAAUUUCCGCAACUGGGUUGAUCUUGGUCUUGCGAUCGUUACGUGCAUUAUCCAAAUACCUCCUAUUAAGAACUCCGGCCGCCCGUAUUCCAUACUGACGCUUUUCCAAAUACUCCGUGUAUAUCGAGUCAUUCUGUGGAUGCCGAUGACAAGAGACCUCAUCAUGAUUGUUUUCCGCAAUACCGUUGGUCUGCUAAACCUUAUAAUGUUUGUGUUCUUGAUCACAUUCCUUGCGGCCAUAUUUGCGACCCAACUUUUCCGCGGACAGAUACCUCCAGAAGACUCAUCCGGAAAUAAUAUCGCAACCACAUUUUCCAAUAUCUAUAAUUCGUUUUUGGGGAUGUAUCAGAUCCUGUCAAGUGAGAACUGGACCGACAUUAUGUACAGUACGACAACGUACACAGCGCGCUUCGGAACUGCUUGGAUCUCCGCGGCGUUUUUCAUUUUGUGGUUCAUUGUGGCCAAUUUUGUCGUCUUGAAUAUGUUCAUUGCUGUCAUUCAGGAGAGUUUUGACGUGUCAGAAGAUGAGAAACGGCUGCACCAAGUUAGAUCAUUCCUGGAGCAAAAGCAUGCCGGCGGGCCUUCGCAAGCGAAUAUGUCGCUUGCGGCAAUGCUUAAGUGGGGCCGUGAUCCCAGUCGUUUCAGAGAUCCUCUUGAUCAUGGACCGGCAGCCUUGGAAUUGCUUCUGAAGGAUGCUGUUGUCCGAGAGUUUCUUGAUGAGCGGGAGACCCCAUUAAGUGCUCGGAGAAGAGAAAGCAUGCCGCAAGAUGGAACACCUGAAGAACAAGUUCAACCGGGCUUUCUUUCCCGCAUUUGGACUAGCAUCGCCAAUGCUAUCGUUCGGAGGGAACCGAAUCCAUUCUAUGCAAAGCUCAAAUUCUCGCGUGGUUACGAAGAGCUGGAUCCGAAAGACAUGGCGCAGCAGGUUGUCUCGGCUGCCGAGGAGAGAAAGAGAGCACAGCGGGAAUAUCUCAUGAAGCAUCCUAACUAUAACAAGUCCUUGUUUAUAUUUGCUCCAGAUAAUCCCAUACGCCAUUUCUGUCAGCGCAUUGUCGGACCGGGGCGCGGGGACCAGCGCGUGCAGGGGGUGGAACCAUACAAGACCGUAUGGAUUGCGUUCUCUAUUUUCAUCUAUGCAGCUAUUGUUGCCAUGGUUCUGCUCGCAUGUAUAACCACUCCGAUUUAUCAGUGGAAAAACUUUCAUUCGAACUCGAACAGGAACUGGUUCAUAUAUACCGACCUAGGCUUCUCAGUCCUCUUCACAGUUGAGGCUGUCAUCAAAGUCAUUGCGGACGGGUUUUUUUGGACCCCUAACGCCUACCUUCGCAGUUCAUGGGGCUUCAUAGAUGGAGUCGUCUUGGUUACGCUGUGGAUCAACGUUAUCACCUCACUCUCUGAAGAUUGGCGUGUUUCUAGGGUGAUUGGUGCCUUCAAAGCCCUGAGAGCGCUGCGAUUGUUAAAUGUCAGCGACAGUGCAAGGAACACUUUCCAUUCCGUGGUUAUUGUGGGCGGGUGGAAUGUCAUCUCCGCCGCUGCGGUUUCCAUGAGUUUACUCAUUCCUUUCGCCAUUUACGCCGUGAACUUGUUUAGCGGACAACUGGUACAGUGUAACGAUGGCAAUAUAAACGGGAGUUUGAAUUCAUGCAUAGACGAAUAUGCUAGUUCUCCCUACAACUGGGACGUUCUUGCACCGCGCGCGGCGUCUAAUCCCUUCUACGAUUUUGACAACUUCGGCCAGUCCCUCUUCAUAUUAUUCCAGAUUGUUUCUCAGGAAGGUUGGAUUGAUGUCCAGCAGAGUGUAAUGAGCAUUACUGGAGUAGGUAUGCAGCCGCAGAACUCAGCUUCGAAUUCAAAUGGCCUGUUCUUUGUCAUAUUCAACUUGCUCGGUGCCGUCUUUGUCUUGACACUUUUUGUGUCUGUGUUCAUGCGGAAUUACACAGAGCAAACAGGUGUCGCCUUCCUCACGGCUGAACAGCGCUCUUGGCUUGAAUUGCGGAAACAUCUCAGGCAAGUUUCUCCAUCCAAAAGAUCGGUUGACAGCGACAGCCCGCAGUGGAGGAAGUGGUGCUAUCGUGUGGCUGUCAAGAAACACGGUCGAUGGGCAAAGUUUGUGACUGUAACCCUCUUGCUUGACCUGCUACUCCUAAUUUUGGAAUUCUAUCCUGAAAAGCCGGUAUGGGAAAAAGUACGGGGUAGGUUCGCUUUCUAUUUAUUUAAUCCAGGCAAGGAGAGAGAUGCUGGGGACUCCAACUGA